GUGAUAAGGAGGUAUGUCACGUGAUUGCCACAAGAGCAUGUGGCUAUUGUGCUGCCUUGUUUUAAAGUGGUUCUUAAUCAAGUAUUAAUGUGAGGCAGUGAGCAGCAUACGGCCAAAUUUAAAAGGAGAGGUUCCUUGAAGCCCUGGCAUUCAUCAUGAGUCAAGAUUCACAGAAGAAAAUGUACAACAGAUCUUUCAUUAUUGUUGGUCCAAUUGUGCAUUCCAAGGAGAUUACACGACUUACUGUCUUUGAUCUUGGACUAAUUGCUGUAUCAGAUGGCAAGAUUGUAGCCGUGGAAGAAACUGCAAACGUGGCUCAGAUUCAAGAAAAAUAUUCAAUUACAGAUGACUUUGUGUAUCAUCUUGGAGAUGGAGAGUUUGUAAUGCCAGGUUUUAUUGAUACACAUAUUCAUGCAUCUCAGUAUCCUAAUGCUGGCCUUGGCUAUGAUAUGCAGCUGUUGGACUGGCUUACAACUUACACUUUUCCUCUCGAAAUGAAGUACUCUGAUUUAAGUUUUGCUGAAAAGGUGUAUGAAGCUGUUGUGAAGAACACCCUGGCUAAUGGUACCACAACAGCAAUGUAUUUUGCAACAAUUCACUUCAACAGCACAGUUCUGUUGGCAAAUAUUGCAGCUGAUCAGAAUAUGAACUGGAACACUCCUGACGGUUAUGGCGAAAGAACAGAAGACUCAUAUAAAUUGACAGAAGACUUCAUCAUCCAGCUUAAAGAUAAGAAGAAUGAUCUGAUACUACCCAUCAUAACGCCACGAUUUGCACUGAGUUGUGACAUGGAGCUUAUGAAGAUGCUGGGUGAACUAGCUUCACGCUAUGAUCUGCAUAUCCAGACCCACAUCUCCGAGAAUGUACACGAGGUUUCAGCCGUGAAAGAGUCGUUCCAUGAUUGCACCAGCUAUGCUGAUGUCUAUGACAAAGCCAGACUUCUCACAAACAAGACAGUGUUAGCCCAUGGCGUACAUCUCAGUGAUGAUGAACUGAAAGUUCUGGCUGCUCGCGGUACAGCCAUUUCACAUUGUCCAAACUCAAAUACUUCACUCAAGAGUGGCCUCUGUGACGUUCGUAGAUUGCUGAAUGCCGGCAUCAAGGUUGGGCUGGGUACAGAUGUAUCAGGUGGAUACAGCCUCUCUAUCUUGAACACCAUACGCAACACACUGGAUGUCUCAAUCCACGUUUCCUUCGGAAAGGGUGAAGAUUAUGCCCCACUCACAUAUCAUGAGGCCUUCUACCUUGCAACACUAGGAGGUGCCAGAGCUGUUGCUCUGGGUGAUAAAAUUGGAAAUUUUGAAGUUGGGAAAGAUUUUGAUGCGUUGAUUGUUAACAUGAAGAGCCCAGGUUCAACUGACAUUCUACAGAAGUAUGAUACUGAUGCAUUGGUGCAGAAGUUCCUGUACACUGGUGAUGAUCGCAACAUCACCAAGGUGUAUGUUGCUGGACGUCAAGUGAAAUCACUGCCAGUUACAUGUACAAAAAAUGGCUCAGUAAACUCUAUCAACGUUAAAAAAAGGCAUAACCUCAAAGCACAGUCACCAUUUUUAAUAGAAAAAAAAACACUGAAUAUAACCAAAGCACGAGACAACAACGUGCUAAAUAAAGCGUAUGCUACAAGUUUCAUAAUAGUUGGCUCAAUCGUACACUCUGAGAACAUAACCUCACUUACCAUUAUUGAACAUGGAUUCAUUGCAGUAGUGAGAGGCAGGAUUGUGUCUGUAUGCAAGGGCACAGAGAAGCUGGUAAAAACUCAGCAUAAAUAUGGAAUUGACGAUAACAGUGUGCAUCAUCUUAGUGAGGGAGAGUUUGUAAUGCCAGGCUUCAUUGACACUCACAUUCAUGCACCACAGUAUCCAAACUGUGGUCUCGGAUAUGACAAACAGCUGCUAGAUUGGCUUACAACAUACACUUUUCCUUUAGAAAAGAAAUACAUGGAUGUCGAUUUUGCCACCAAAGUUUAUGAAUCAAUUGUGAACAAAACACUUACCAAUGGUACCACAACAGCAGCGUACUUUGCGACACUUCAUUAUGACAGCUCAUUAUUCCUGGCAGAUAGUGUGGAGCGUCUGGGGCAACGAGCAUUCAUUGGAAAGGUGAACAUGAACCAUGAUACUCCAGAGGGAUAUGGGGAAGACACAUAUGAUUCUUUCAUUUGUACAGAACAGUACAUCAGGGACAUUCAAGGCAAGAGGAAUGAACUUGUCCAGCCAAUCAUAACACCAAGAUUUGCACUAAGUUGUGACAUGAAGCUCAUGAUUCUUCUGGGUGAACUUGCUACCAAGUACAAUGCACACAUUCAGACUCAUAUUUCUGAGAACACAGGUGAAGUUGUAGCAGUACAGAAAAUGUACCCUGAAUGCAAAAACUAUACAGACGUAUAUGACACAGCUGGACUACUCACAAACAAGACAGUGUUAGCCCAUGGCGUACAUCUCAGUGAUGAUGAACUGAAAGUUCUGGCUGCUCGCGGUACAGCCAUUUCACAUUGUCCAAACUCAAAUACUUCACUCAAGAGUGGCCUCUGUGACGUUCGUAGAUUGCUGAAUGCCGGCAUCAAGGUUGGGCUGGGCACAGAUGUUUCUGGUGGGUACAGUACUUCCAUCCUGAAUGCUAUUCGCUGUGCACUACAAACUUCAAUUCACAUAUUUUUUGGGAAGGGUACAGAUAGCGACUACGUUCCUUUGUCUUACCACGAAGCCUUCAAUCUUGCUACGUUAGGAGGAGCCAAAGGUAGGUGAUUUACAGCCAUACUGACAUCUUACUGUUACCUUACCAGGUUCCUUUACUCGCAAGCAAAUGUGUAUAACAUCCAAAACCAAACAUUUCUGCAAGUUUUGCAUGAAUGCAGUGGCUAAGGCACCAUGAUGAUGAUGAAGCUAACCUUAUUGUCAUCCUUGAUGACAAGUAGGUUCUUGAGUACUGGGCUGGUCAGAGAAUGCUCUAAACUAGAGUCUUACUUCAUUAAUUAAUUAUUUUUAUGUUGUCAGGCAC